GGUUCCGUGCCGCUUCAGGUCAGUUAGACACCACCACUCACGCAGUCAACAGCAAGAGACUCUGGAAUUCUCACUCUUGGAUCUACCAGUGCCUUCUUGUGCCCGCCAGUGCCCGCCAGUGCCCACCAGUGCCUACCAGUGCCUCAGUCUCAUUGCCAGUCGGAUAGAAGCAUCAUUAUCAUCAUCAGCAGCAGUAGCAUCAAAGACCAGACAGCAUGGCGUGUGCUCUACGGACAAUAAUAGCGUGUGGACUCGUGCUGGGAGUUAUUGAUAUUUUCCACGGGUUGACGACUCUGGGCUUCUACGGAUACAGAUUCUUCUCCUACUUCUUCUUCCUGUGCUCCGGCGAUAUCAACCAGUGCUACGAAGAAAAAUACUUCUACGAGCAGUUGUUCGAGUGGCGGACGUAUUAUGGCUUCGGGGAGGGCGGUAUCACUCUUCUGUUCUCCAUCAUCUACAUCAUUGCGCUGGUGAAGCAUCUGUCGUGUCUGUCCUGGAUGUGGAUCUUCAAGGCCUUCACCGUCAUGGGGAUCAACGUGUACUACAUCAGCAAGUGGAUGGUGCGCAAGGACACUCUCGACAUCCCGAAGGAGAACAAGGAUGUCUUCAACCUGUUCCUGAUGGUGAACAUUGGCCUCACUCUGGCUCAGCUCGCCAUCACCCUCGCCUUCUGCAUCAUCACCACCAUCUUCUGCUACGUGGUGGCUCGUAAACGCAGGGAGAGACGCCGCAGCCUCCGCAACCUCCACCCACGCAGCCCCAAGUUCAGGAAUGGCAACCCCACAGCCCCGCCCCUCGAUGGUUACGAUGACAGUACCUCCUACCUGAACCAAGCACUCACUGACAGCACCAAUAAGCUCCCCUGCAGUCCUCUUCCAUGAGUAUCGACAAGACUGAGACACUUAAACAAAGCCCUACUGAAGUUUAAAAGGGCGUGAUCUCUUUUUUUUUUCUAUUUUUUUUUCCUCUUUUGGGUUUUUUUGAUAAGGAUUGAUUGUUGUGGUGUUAGAGUUUUUUUUUUAUCUUUUUUUUACGCAUUUAUUCUAUUUAUUUAUUUUUUUUAUUGUUUUUCUUUCUUUCGAUGGUUAGUGUGAUGUCUGCUACGCGAAGUUUUUUUUUUUUUUAUGUGUGUGUUCGUUCUCUUUUUUCUUUUCCGUGAUGACCAAAGAAAUAGGAGAGACAGACACGUGGCCGCUCCAUUUCCUCAUUGCCAUUACCAAAGAGAGAGAGAGAGAGAGAAGUGAAAGUGUAAUGCAACGAUAGACGCUCACAAGAACUCUUCCUUCCUUCCUUCAUUCAUUUAUUCAUUCAUUUAUAUUCAUUACAUUCUCUCCUCAUCUCUAUUUCCACUCGUGUAAAAUGAAGACAAAGACUCUCAAGAACGCUUCAUUCAUUCAUUCAUUCAUUCAUAUCGCAUUUUCUCCUUUUUUUUCUCUCUCUAUACAAGUGAAAGAAGAGGAAAUCACAGGUACUCAUCACUCACGCAUCUACACAUUUCCUCUCCUCCUCCUUUAUCAUUUUUUUCCUCCUCCUCCUCCUCCAUUUCUAUACAAGUUCCCUCACGCAUCAACCUCGAAUCAGGACACGAUUUGUCUUUCACAUUUACAGCACCAAAUCUUCAUAUUCCCUCAAUGUAAACAAACAACUUCCUAGAGACAUCUGCAGCUUCACCUCCCACACUGAAGCGCUAUGUUUGUUGUAGCCACUAACUUCCCACGUGACUAAUUUUGUGUUUUCUUACUCAGCCACGCCUCCCUCGCCACGCAUGGAAGGCGAGGGAAGGCGUGGCUGGAAGGUCAUAGUAUCAUCUCUUGCUCUCGAACAUCGCAAAGAGACGGUACGAUUUAGGGAUGAUGUUUUAAGUCAUUCAGUACCGAGACGCAUUUUUACGAUUUUUGGGUAAGAUUACACGUUUUUAUUGACAUUAGGAACGGUUUAUGAAGUCCAGAUGAUUAAUGGCCAGUCUUUACUAUUUCAAUCCCUAUACAAGUUUCUGAAGCUGUGUGAAAUCAGCAAACAGUAAGCAGAAUGAGGAUUAAAACACGCCAUAGUACUGAAGGGGUUAAAAGUUGUAUUUCUUUAAACGAUCUUGUGUGUCAUCUCGAGUCUUGUGGAAGGUAUUGAUGUCUUAAAGAGGGAUUUGUAUAUAUUUUAAAAGGAUUCGAUAUGUUCUUUUAAAAAUGCUCUAAAAAAAUCAUUUAGAAAACCCAGUAGUAAUGAGCCAAAUGUUUACAAAUACGUGUCUUCUCAUCUUGUGUUUGUGUUUAAAAAGGAUUCUGAAUAUUCUUUUAAAAAAAUAUCCCUAAAAAUCAACUUACGGUCACCGCGCCCUUAGAAAAAACAAACAAUCAGCCAAAUGUUUAAAAAUACGUAUCUUAUCAUCAAGCGUUCCUGUGUUGCGGCCUCAGUGUUGCCAGCGAGUCUUGCAACCAUACCUCGAGUGUUUGUUUUGUUGGUAACGCGGAUAAAAAGAGAAGGAAAAUGCAGAGGUAAAAUAAUGAAUACCUUCCCACUCGCCACGUGACUCCCGCUCUCUCUCAGUCAUUCGUCCCUGUUGCAGCCAAAGUUUGUAGGUCAGUCGCGGUGUGAUAGCGGCGGCUGUGGGUUCUUACGUGUGUGGCAUUGAAGGUAACGAGAAAAAUUGCAUUCAAGGUACGGCCAGUUAUCUCACACACACACACACACACACACACACACACACACACACACACACACACACACACAGAAUAGACAUCCACGUAGCUUCUUCUAAAAGUCUAUCAUACAAGAAAGUUUGUUUUUUCUUUCUUUUUAUAGUGUAUUGCUAAGUACAAGCCCGUCAGGUGAGUGGCUGCCCUGUCAUUACCUGAAUCACUAAAAGGUAAACCAAAGCUCGGAGCAUUACAGGAUUUGGCGUCGUUUUCUUAUGGAAGGCGAGACGCAUUACGUUUGUAUAUAUAUUUUUGUAAGUAUAGGAGGAGAAAAGAUACAAAGAAUAUACAUAGUGUUUCGCAGAGAGAGAGAGAGAGAGAGAGAGAGAGAGAGAGAGAGAGAGAUAUUUGUCAAAACCGGUGAUUUUUAUGCUAACCAAUCAAUUUCUUUUCUCUAUUUAACAACAAUCCCUCCUUGAUCCCAAAGAAACCUAGCCAAACUUAACCUAACCCAACCUAACUUAAUCUAACCUUACCAAACCAAACUUUACCCAAUCCAAAAAUAAAUAUAAACUUAACCUAACCUAAGCUAACUUAACCCAACCAACCACCAUCCACGAGACACAUGUAGCUUGUAACGGCGAGGCGUGGAGGAGUAAAGACUUGUGGUAACCUUUCCCUUGUGAGUGUGACCGGUGCUAAGGGAUGGGGCGCCCUUUAUUGUACAUACCCUUGCUCACUCACUUCUGUUCAUUCUUGUACAGUCCCUCCCCCCCCUCUGUAGCUUUAACAGAAAACGAUACCCAUUUUCUCCUUUCAAUGGAGAACUGUGGUGUUUUGUACGUAUGCAUGUUUAUGUAUGUAUGUGUGUGUGUUUAUAUUUAAUUUAUAUCGUCUUUUUAUAUACGAGUACUACUAUGUGUGUUUUGAAAUAUAGUGAGGCCUGUAAGAGUUUAUACAAAUCAAAUGUGAUGUAAUAAAAAAAAUUAAAUAAUGUA